AUGUUUGCUGGAAACUUAAUCGGAAUGUCUCUGUUUUGGUCUGAAAAUGCAGGCACUACGCUUUUGGACGCCAUUAAAGCAGCAGUUGGAGACAAAACUGAGGUGAUCUACGAGAAGAGUCCUUCGGAAGAAACCUUAGCCUCGAGCGAAGGAUUCUCUUACGCGAUUGUUGCAGUGGGGGAAGAGCCCUAUGCAGAGACAAUGGGGGAUAACUCGGAACUCAUAAUACCUUUUAAUGGAAGCGACAUUGCAACCGCGGUUGCAGAGAAAAUCCCGACUUUAAUGAUCUUGUUCUCAGGAAGGCCUAUGGUUCUUGAGCCGCCGGUUCUUGAAAAGACUGAGGCUCUGGUCGCUGCUUGGCUGCCUGGAAGUGAAGGUCAAGGAAUGGCUGAUGUCAUUUUUGGUGAUUAUGACUUCCAAGGGAAAUUACCAGUGAGCUGGUUCAAACGCGUUGACCAGUUGCCGCUAAACGCUGAUGCCAAAUUGUAUGACCCAUUGUUUCCUCUUGGUUAUGGUCUCAAUUGCAAUUCCGGCCAGACUUUAAACCCGGUUUAA